CCAAAAUCCAAUCCAAUCCACAGAGGACUCGUGUUGCUCAGGUUUCAGGUGUUACUCGUGUCAACUCGUGUGCUGUGUGGGAUUGUUGUCGCGGCGUUUUGUGUUUUCGGGCGCGUGCCCCACGAACUUCCCCUUUCAGACAUGCCCAAAAUCAGUAAAAAGCAGAGCAAACGGGUGCCAUGUCGUCAACGUUACAAGGUGGAGAAAAAGGUCCGACAGCAUCUGAAGAAGAAACGCCGGGAGGCCAAGAAAAACCCAACUCACCACAAGGCCAAGGACCCGGGGAUCCCGAACAGCCUGCCCUUCAAGGAGGAGAUCCUGAAGGAGGCGCAGGUGCUGCACCGGCGGCAGGAGGAGCUGAGGAAGGAGACGCGGCAGCGGCAGAAGGAGGGCCGCCAGCAGCUCAUGAUGAGCAACAGGGACCUCGGGGACGUGCGCCAGGACGCCGAGAAGCGGGCUGCAGAGUUUGAGGGCCUGAGCUUGCUGAAGGAGCACCUGCAGAACACCAACCAGGGCCACCUGCUCAAGGAGCUCAAUGCCAAGUGCCACUACCAGGAGUUCAGGAAGGUGGUGGAGGGAGCGGACGUGGUGCUGGAGGUGCUGGAUGCGAGGGACCCCCUGGGCACCCGCAGUCCCCAGCUGGAGCAGUACGUGCUGGCCAAGCGCAAGCGCCUGGUCCUCGUCCUCAACAAGAUCGACCUGAUUCCCCGGGAGAACCUGGAGCGCUGGCUGAAGCACCUGAGGAACGAGCUUCCCACCCUGGCCUUCAAGGCGUCCACCCAGAGUCAGAGGAACAACCUGUCGCACAACCGGUCCUGGAACCUGUCCAAGGUGCCCGAGGGCCUGGGCCAGUCCAGCCGCUGCCUGGGGGCCAGCCUGCUGAUGAAGAUGCUGGGCAACUACUGCCGCAACCAGGGCAUCCAGACCUGCAUCACCGUCGGGGUUGUCGGCUACCCGAACGUGGGCAAGAGCAGCAUAGUGAACAGCCUGAAGCGGUCACGGGCGUGCACGGUGGGAGCCGUCCCCGGAGUCACCAAGGUGAUGCAGAAGGUGCAGCUGGACAAGCACGUGUCCCUGCUGGACAGCCCCGGAGUGGUGAUGGCCGCCCAGGGGGCCUCCCAGGCCUCGGUGGCCCUGCGCAACGCCAAGAGGCCAGAAGACCUGGAGGACCCCGUGGGACCCGCUUCCUCCAUCCUCCGCAGGGCCUCCAAGGACCAGUUCAUGCUGCACUACCGGCUGCCGGACUUCUCCACCCCGGAGGAGUGCUUCUCCCUGCUGGCCAAGCGCAUGGGCCUGCUGCGUAAGGGCGGCCUGCCCAACCCCAUUGCGGCUGCAAAGCGCAUCCUUACAGACUGGAACUGUGGGCGCAUCAAGUACUACACGGAGCCCCCGGCCAUGGACCAGCAGACGACGCACCUGGCAGCCGAGAUUGUGCAGACCAUGGCCAAGGAGUUUGACAUUGCCUCCUUGGAGCAGGAGGAGAAGAUGGAGCUUGAAGCCGUUCGCGUGGUUAAGCCCACCGACGCCGUCGUCAUGGAGUCUGCCGGCACGGCGGUGAUCGUGUUGGAUGGCCAGGACACCUCCAUGGAGACCGACCAGGAGCCGGAGGGGAAGUUCACGGUGAAGAUGGGCCGGGGCCGGAAGAAGCAGCAGCCGGCAAAAGCGGGCAAGGCGGACGAGGCAUUGCCGGUGCUCGACCAGCAGAACAAGGCUCGCCGCAAGGAGUUUAAGAAGCAGAUCAAGAAGCGCAAGCGCAACGAGAAAGUGGCCACCACGCUGGCAAACUCCCUGGAGUCUGCCCUGUCUUCGCUCGCCUGACCACACGCCCGAAAUAAAAACUAGAGGUGAAUCACAACCA